AUGUCCUUCAAAUUUCCAUCAUUUGACCUUAAGUCGAUCCAAGAGUCCUUGCCAACCGUGGACCUGUUGCGUGAAUCAUUCAGCAAAGUUGAUCAACAAUUCAAGGACUCGAUUCAGCCAUUCACCAACAAAACUCAGCAAUUGCUCAAUGAACAAUUGAAACAAGUUCAACAGUUGGCGUCUAAUGUUUCAGCAUUGCCUCCUAAUAUCGAAGUGAGUGAAUUGCCAAAGGACUAUUUGGAAUUGGAGGUUAACUGUGACUUAUUAUUAAAAUUGUAUACAGAAUUAAUCCAGAGUAAUAACUCAACGUAUGGACAAUUGAGUUACGAUUAUCCACCAGGAAACACCACUUUUAACAAGUUGAAAGAUGCGCAUAUUGGUGAUAGUAUCGGUGCCAAGUUUAAGCAGUUAAAGAAUGUAUCAUCACCACAGGAGUUGGAGAAAGUUUUAUUGGGCCAAGCAAGUAAAGAUGCUGGUGAUGACGAGGAAGAAGGCGAAGAAGGAGAGGUUAGAAAGGCAGAGGCCGAUGGUUCUUUGGUGACUAUUCAGCCAACCUCUGGUGGUAUUCCAAGAACUUUGUUUGGUCACUUGAGUGAAAUCUUGGCCAAGCAAAGCGAAGAGUUACAAGCCAAAUCCGAGGAGCUGAACCCAUUAUCAUUUGUCCUUUUGCAAAUCUCAUCCACAUACCAUGAAAUUGCUGCAGCCAGAUUGGUUCAGGACGACAAGAUAAUUAAAGGUUUAAACAAUCAAUUAGUCGAAAUCUUAAACCAACAAUUUAUCAAGGUUAAUGAAUUGCGCAAAAAAGUAUACUUGACAAGGAGUCAAUUUGAUCAAUUGAGAAGCAAACACGAGGCCACGGAUCCAGAAAAUGAAGAAUUAAUUGCCAAGGAAGAUGAAUUAGUUAGUGCCACUGAAUUGGCAGUGAUUGAAAUGAAAAAGAUUUUGAAACCAUCAAAAAACAUUAACUUGUUGAAGGUAAUGGUGCAAGCUCAAAAGGAGUACUUUGAAACCAGCGCAAAGAAAUUGAACGAUUUGUUGGCAAAUUUGGAUAAAGUGAAACCAGAAGAAGAAGAAGAUGAUGAUGAUGAAGAAGAAGAAGAAGACGAAUGA